UGCUCCUUCACGGCUGGGAGCCAUGCCCGUCGGCUCAGCGUGCACGGGUCUCCAUGAAACCCUGGCUCUGCUCACCUCUCAGCUCCACCCCGACGCAAACCCCGACCAGGACCUGCUCUUCCUCCAGGACGUGUUCUCAGAGAGAAGCAUUGCUUACCUCAUGAAGAUUCAUGGUAAGCUGAAGCUGUAUGAGAAGCAAAGCCCGGUGCCGGUCCUCCACAAUGCCUCCUGUCUGGUGGAGGACCUGGCGGACGAGCUGCACUGCGGACCCAUGGAGAGUGAUGAGAGAGAGCUGCUCUACCUUCUGAACACGCCCCACCUUAAGGCGGUCCUGGCCACCCAUGACACGGUGGCCCAGAAGAGCUUCGACCCGGUGCUGCCCCCGCUGCCCGAGGACCUGGAGGAGGAGCUGGAGGAGGAGUCGGUGAAGAUCGUCCGUCUGGUGAAGAACAAGGAGCCCCUGGGAGCUACGAUACGGAGGGACGAGGUGACGGGCGCGGUCAUCGUGGCACGCAUCAUGAGGGGAGGGGCUGCCGACCGCAGCGGUCUGGUUCAUGUCGGAGAUGAGCUUAGGGAGGUCAAUGGCAAUCUGAUUAUCCACAAACGGCCGGAUGAAAUCAGUCAGAUUCUGUCUCAGUCCCAGGGGUCUAUCACCCUCAAGAUCAUUCCGGCUACCGCAGAAGAAGACAAACUGAAAGAGAGUCGGGUGUACCUGCGGGCUCUGUUUGACUACACCCCCUUCGAGGACAAGGCCACGCCCUGCCAGGAGGCGGGACUUCCUUUCAGACGAGGGGACGUCCUGCAGGUGGUGAGCCAGGACGACGCCAUCUGGUGGCAGGCCAAGAAGGUGGGCGACCCCAGCCUGCGGGCCGCCCUGGUCCCCUCGGCCCAGUUCCAGGAGCGGCGGCUGAGGUACAGGAGGAAGAUGGGCACCUACCCGACGGCCGUCUCCCCAAAGAUAGCCCCAUGCGUCCGUGCUGAUAAAGAAGACUGUGACAGUGACCGGGGUCAGGACAUAGCUGUAGUUUCUCCCACCAAUAAGGCCUCCGUCUCCUGCGGCAAUGCCUUCUCAUGGGAUUUUUACUCAGCCGGCCUGCGGAGGAGCUUCCGUCUCAAGAGGGACCGACAGGGGGGCUCCCCGGUAGACCCCCGCUCGCCCGAUGCCCACACAGACUUCCUGAUCUACGAGGAAGUGACGCGGUACCAGCCGCGGCGCGGGGAACGGGCGCGGCUCAUCGUGCUAAUCGGAUCCCUCGGGGCCCGGAUCAAUGAGCUCAAGCAGAAGGUUAUAGCGGAGAACCCCAGACAUUACGGUCUGGCUGUGCCUCACACAACGCGGGCGAGGAAGAGCCAGGAGCGUGAGGGCGUAGAGUACCACUUCAUCACCAAGGCCGCCUUCGAGCUCGACGUGCAGAACAACAAGUUCAUCGAGUUUGGCGAGUACAAGGACAACCUUUACGGCACCAGCCUGGAAUCCAUCCGCAGCGUGCUGGACCGCAGCAAAGUUUGCCUGGUGGACGUGCAUGCCGAAGCGCUGAAAAGCCUUCGCACGGCCGAGUUCAGGCCCUACGUGGUGUUUGUGAGGCCGCGGGUUCCCAGCAGCCACUGCAGGCGUCUGGGCUCCACCUCCUCGCUAAGCACCACCAUCACGGAGGAGGACCUGGAGGAGAUGAGGCAGUCGGCUGAGCAGAUGGACGAUCUCCACGGCCACUGGGUGGACUACGUCCUGGUGAAGGAGGAGCCCGCCGGGGCCUUGCUGGAGCUGCAGGGCCUGCUGGAGCGGGUAACGACCGAGCCCCACUGGGUCCCCGUCUCCUGGGUCAGGACCUAGA